GGCGCUCUGAGGGAAUGCAGUGCGCGCACGCCAACAUGGCCGCCGCCGCCGGGCGCGCGGCGUGGCGCGUUGUGAAAAGCAGCAGUCAAAUGAGGGUGAGGGUCCCAGUGCGAUGGAGAGGUCAGGCAGCUGCAGCCACAGCAACAAAAAGCACAAAACCUCAAAUUCAGCCAGAAGUCCGGAAACCUAAAACAGGAAUCUUGAUGUUAAACAUGGGUGGUCCUGAAAGGCUGGAUGAUGUGCAUGAUUUCUUACUUCGUCUCUUCUUGGACAGGGAUCUAAUGACUCUUCCAGCACAAAAUAAAUUAGCACCAUUCAUUGCCAAGCGCCGCACCCCAAGAAUCCAGGAACAGUACAGCAAGAUUGGAGGCGGAUCUCCAAUCAAGAAGUGGACAGCAGUGCAGGGAGAAGGCAUGGUGAAACUGCUGGAUAGACUGUCUCCUCACACUGCACCUCACAAAUACUACAUUGGUUUCCGGUAUGUCCAUCCUCUGACAGAAGAAGCAAUUGAAGAGAUGGAGAAAGAUGGCAUUGAAAGGGCUAUUGCUUUCACGCAGUAUCCACAGUAUAGCUGCUCUACCACAGGAAGCAGUUUAAAUGCGAUCUAUCGCUACUAUAAUAAAAAGGGGGAGAAACCAAAGAUGAAGUGGAGUAUAAUUGACCGAUGGCCCACACAUCCCCUUCUUAUUCAGUGCUUCACUGAACACAUACAGAAAGAACUGGAUCUAUUUCCGCCUGACAAAAGGAAAGAUGUUGUUAUCCUUUUCUCGGCUCACUCGCUUCCAAUGUCUGUAGUGAACCGUGGUGAUCCAUAUCCUCAAGAAGUGGGAGCUACUGUCCAAGGAGUCAUGGAGAAACUGAACUAUUCCAAUCCUUACAGGCUUGUGUGGCAGUCCAAGGUUGGACCAAUGCCUUGGCUUGGUCCACAGACAGAUGAAACCAUUAAAGGACUGUGUCAAAGAGGAAAGAAGAACAUGUUGUUGGUCCCAAUAGCAUUUACAAGUGACCACAUUGAAACGCUUUAUGAACUAGAUAUUGAGUAUGCCCAAGUUUUAGCGAAUGAGUGUGGAGUUGAAAACAUCAGAAGAGCAGAAUCUCUUAAUGGAAAUCCACUGUUCUCCAAGGCUCUGGCAGACUUGGUCUAUUCACAUAUCCAGUCAAAUGAAAUCUGCUCCAAGCAGUUAACCCUCUGCUGUCCGCUCUGUGUAAAUCCUGUCUGCAGGGAGACAAAAGCCUUCUUCACUAAUCAGCAGCCGUGAUAGGCGCUCUAGGAGAACGCCGUUGGGUUAUACGGGAAAGCUGCCGUGGUGACACAGUGCAAAGAAAAGGAACUGUCUGACUGAACUCUUCUCUGUUAUGUACUUAUGGAAUGAUAGUCUCACCGAUACUAACCCGAUGUGCCAGUGUGGAGAACCUGACUUUUUUUUUUUUGUUUGUUUUUUUUUUUUUUUUUUUUUUUUUUUUUAACUCUUAUGUUUUGUUUGUUUGGGAGUGUUUGUAGAAAGUAAGGAAAUAAGGUCCUGAUCCUGUGAGAUGUGAAGAGACCUCAUCUUAUCUAAUUCUGAUGGGACUUGGCAUGAGCCCAGUAUGCACUGAAAAAACUUGCAAAGCUUUUAUAUAAAUUAACUUCUGUCUACUUUUCAGGGAAAUUGGCUUCUAUAUACUUUGCAGGGAUUUCUUUGUGUGUGAUUUCAUUAUGAUUACAUUAAUUUCAGCUUUCUAGGUCAGGUGUACAAUUAUUCGCUUUGUUUAUGCUUAUGGUACAGUAUAGUCAGCACAAUCACCAGUUCUCUUUUGAGAGUGAUCUUUUCAGAUGGAUUUUGAAGAUCAAGUGACUUCUAAUGCUUUUUAAAAUAACAUGUAUAUAUUUUUUAGAACAUAAGGAGAAGGUUUUGUGUUGUUUUUCUGCCGGAGGCUUCCUGUGAAAGCUUAGCUAGGAUAGUGGAACUCACAGGAUUUGUUUACACUUUCCAGGAAAACAUUAUCUUUAGGAAAGCCCUGUGUUUGGAGAGCACAAAAUGAAAGAAAGACUCUUGCUUGGGUUGAUGCUAAGGAGCAUGCUCCGUUGAAACAGAUCAUCUAUGUUUCAGAUCCAGCAGCCAUCAGCAGCGCAUGCUGGAACGUGCUGGCUCAUCUUUUAAGCAAAGCACCUUUUUUAUUUUAUUUUUUUUAUUAAAAAGGGCUUUCUCUGGUUUAGUAAAGUUAGGAAGUCAGGCUUGUUCUCCAGAAGGUUUAUAGAUUAGCUCUGUGUUUUCUGCUGUGUCACAGCACUGUGGUUUUUGUGGGAUAUCUACGGAGCUACGUAGGUAGAAUUGAUCUAACUUAAUUGAUGGUGUCAUUUAAAACAGAUGAUAAAUUGGCAGUAAAUUACAUUGUAGGUACCUGAGAGCAGAGUGAGAGGAGAGCAGGCUGCCCCUGAUGUUGAAGGCUGUGUGCUUUUGCAUCCUGUGGUCUAAAACUGAAAUCUUUUAGAUUUCUGGCACUUAUAGUGGGCCUGGAGUAGGCACCCGUAAAUUGCUUGCUUAUUUUGGUAGGAAUUUGGAUGCUUCGGACUGUGGAAUCUGCUCCUAGGUAGUGUCAGUUUUGUAGAGUGGAAAAACCUCUUUAAGGCAAUACUUACUCACUGUCAACACCAGGACAGAUGUUAGGUUAGUCUUGGGGUAGGAGGGGACUUUAUUUCAAAGGCUGGUUACCACAUAACAUUUCUAACCUUGGAACUUCAAGUAGUUCAGGGCAGAAGUAUCACAGCACAUCAUUUAGUGGUUUUUCACACCAGACCUGUCUUGGGAUGAAGAAAGAGCAAAGCUGUGACCAGUGUUCUGAGGUAUUGAGCAUUAUGUGUAUUAGUCUAGCUGCUAGCUUUGUGGAUAUGAACACUUAUAUUAUGCAGUUAGCACUGAAAUACCAGUCCUUUGGCAGUGCAGGUUGUUUUCAGACACAGAUUUUCUGUAAAUUCAUGAACCAGCUAAUCAUAAGACUUGAAGAAACAGAGGUCAUGCUGCCCAGACAGCUUUAUUUACUUAUAUAAUUAUGAAGCAUGAACAGUUUGAACCUCUGAUCGUUUAAUGAUACGAUUGUUUAAAAAUAAAACAGGCCCUGUUGGUGUAACAGGGGCUUGCUCUUUUAUUUUGACUAUAGACAAAUGGUUCCCUUGUUCUAAAUUAUAUUAAAAUAAUUAAACCUGGGAUAUUAAAGAAAUAAGUGGGUGCUGUGUUGAUCAUCCAGUAGGCCAGAUACUGCUGUGGAGUGAUGUAAGUUGUACUUUCCUGCCUUUCUGGAACUAUAGCCUAAUAUGUCUUGAGAGUUGAAUGAAGUGUCUCCACUGCCAUACUGCAGCUUCUGAGUGUGGUGACGAUGAGACAGACUUAAACUCCUCCAGUGACAAAACCUCCGUACAUUACUGCUAUCCCUUGUUGCUUUAGCAGAAAGAAGUCUUCCGUGACCCUUUGUGUCUGUGCCUGUUCUCAGUAGCAGGGAGUCCAGAAGCAGGGGCAGGUCCGCAGACGCCGAGAAUGAGACCGUGUUGCCUGUCCAGAGCUUUGACUUGUAGCACCUUGUUAUAUUUUCUGGUGUUCUCUGACUAGUGGAGGUAUGUGGCUUUCAAACAAUGGGAGAAUCUGUAGGGCAAUUUUUUCCUUUUGUGGACAUGAGUAGACUGGACUCUUGAUUGUAUGUGUUGAAUAGGACUGUAGCAUGAUGGCAAGGCCCUAUGUAGCUGAAACUGUCUCCCUCCAGGAGCUUCAGUUGCCUUUACAUCUUUGUUGGAGUUUGUUCUCUUGUCUUGGCAUCGAGAGUGCCAGAGUUCUCACAGUGCCUGCUAUUGCUGUGAGGAUUCCCUGUGUACAUCUCUGUCCUCCGUUCCUCGCUCCACUGCUACUCUCCACUCACCGUGUAGGCAGGAAAACGGAACUCUAAGAGCCCAUUACUGCGCUUGCUCAGAUGGAGUAGGUAGAGUUGUCAUACGUACAUAGAAGGGUGAAAUUUUCAUGGAAAGGCUAUGAUGAAUCUAUGUCAAAAGAAUAAUGAUGUUUGCAGUGUAUGUGGGGAGCGAACUUGGACCUUACAUCUCUUUGACAAAGAACUGCUUCCCUCCAUUCCCGCUUCUCUGCUUGACACUUGUGGGUCAGUAGCAAACAGUCUAUUUUUUGAAAUGUUCCUACUAAUAUCUCCUUUUCUUCUAUAAGUUGAAGGAUAUAUUGACCUUUGAAUCUAGGUUGUGACCGGCACAUUUAGAAGUCUGGCUGAAGCUGGAAACCGAAGGUUAACUUUAUAUGAACAUUGUGAUGCUGUAAAUAUGGAUUGACUUUUUAUUUCCAUAUUGGAGAUAGAAGGAAAAAUAUCGGCUGGCAUUAGUUAUGAGGCAUUACAUUUGUCCUCAGUAAUAGAAGGUAUUUAAAAUUCACUUUUAAAGUAUGCUAACCACAAGUGAGAUAAUUACUAGGCCUAUUUAGGCUAUUGUUACUAUUAGACCAUAAUGUAGAAAUCACUUAAUUUUCUAGCUUUUAGUAGAUGGAUCAUGUCUUAUUGAGUUGGUGGGGUUUUUCAUUUUGCUGAACAGUGUAUGAUAUCACUCUGUCCACUAUGUAACAAAAUGUUAUUUUUUUUCCUCAAUCCAACAUCAAAAAGCCUGUUGAAAAAAUGCCGUGGUAAGUGACCCAGCAGUUCUACUGAUUAUUUUUAAUAGAAAUGUUUUUUUUUCCCUUGCAUUAAAAAGAAUAAAUUAAAAAUGAAAUCACAGACACUGAUAACAGUGAGAAUUCUGUUGCCAUUGGAAUCUUCUGAACAUGGGUUUUAUGUUUGGGAGCGUAUAUGACUAUGCUAACUAAGGGUGGAAUUCAUCUGAUCUUACUUUGGAUACACUGUAAGUAUCCAAAUUAGAUGUCAAUAUCUGAGCUAGUCUCCUAGGUACUGCUUCUGGUCAAAGGAUACCUUUUAAUAAGUACUUCUGAGGAAUGAUUUAUCUCCUUUAGGUAGAUGUCUGCAACAGGUUGGAUUAAUUUAGCCAUAUUGCUGCCUCCCUGUGAAGGGAACCUGGUGCACUGACUCAGAUGUGGUUAGCUACCUUGCAAGAUGUCCAAAAUAAGGAGAGAUGAAUCGCAUCCUGACAGUUUUUUUGAAAUAUUUUGUUUAUGUGCCUUGUUGUUCAGCACUCUACAAAUGCUUUGUAGCCACUGUAAAAGGGAGACUGCAGUCUUACUUAAUUCUACAUUUAUGCAUUUGGUUUGCCCCUGUGGCAGAUUUAAAACAUUUGGUGCUACUAACUCAGGACCCAAUCUUGUCUGAUCCUGACCGCUUUCUACUCUAAUUGAAUUAAUUUGAAAAUAUGAAGGUGUCAGCAUCUGAGAGGCUCAAGUCCUUGUACAAUAAUCAUAACUUUUUUUUUAGUCAAGUAUACUUUUACCUUGCUCUGUUUUAUUUGCAAGUGUUUUUCAUUUGCGUUCUCCUUGACAAAAAGCCACCUGUGGAAGUGAGUUUAAGCGAUGUAUUGAAGCAGCAUUGUGUGUGAGGAUUUCAUUAAUAGGAGCUGAGUCUUCAGGCUGGGAUUCUGCAGUCUGGGGGCUUUGGGGGCAAUGCUGGUGUCCCCUUGCCCAGGCUGCUCAUUCUUUUUUGCGCUAAUGCAGUGGUUUGUGAUGCAGUUUGCAGUGCAGGAUCACAAACAGUUGGCACAAUUGAGGCUGCAGGCAAGGGAUCAAAAUCUUCAAACCAGUGCUCGCAGUAUUGUGGAAUUCUAGCCUGAAUAUACUGUUUCAAAAUAGAGGAAUUCAGAAAUAGAAACCUUUAAUGUCCUUAGGAAAGAAGUGGGAAAUAAAGAUGUUUGCAAAUGGAAUGCUUUGAAGAGUUUGCUUUAACUCUCUGUAUUUUUGCCUUUUCUGAUGCUGAUGAAGUUUUUCUCUCUUGGAGUUUAAUAAAAUCUCCCUACUUGGCUGCAUUUUAGAAAAUGUGAUAGCUUCCAAAAGUGGUGCUGUAAUAGUAAAAGGUGUGUGGAUAGUAUCUGUGAGCUAAGAUUCUGGUCCCCCUUUAUAAGAGGGUUGAACUUAAUGGGACCAGAAUUUUCCUGGAAAUACCUAAAAGCUCACUUUUAUUCCCUUUUUGUCACAACUAGAGAGUGGGAAAUUAAUAUGAAGUGUAAGAUGCAAAGAGAGAAGUUCAUUUUAUUUUUUUAAUACUAUAUGGAUACAAAUACUUGCUUUCAAUCCAAGAUACUGAUUUUAGAUUGAACAAGAACUUCCAUUAAGUUUAACACAAAACAAUUUGUAUAACCUUACUGUGUAUCAUUUGCCAUAAAGAUGGAAUUUCAAUUAAAUUUUUGAAAGAAAUAAAGCUGUGUGUCUGAUUAAGCAAA